AUGGAUCUUGUAGCUGGGGUGCGCAAAGAAGGCAGCCGUGGAGGCCGCGAUGCCUUCAAAUGGUCAGACGUCAAGGACUCCUCUCACCGUGAAAAUUACCUUGGUCAUUCUCUUAUGGCCCCUGUAGGCCGCUGGCAGCAACGCCGUGAUCUAUCAUGGUACGCCAAAAAUGAUGGAGACGGAUCCCCCCAUGAUGCAGGGAACGAACGUAAUGACGAAAUACAAAGAAUCAAAGAGGCUGAACAGGAGGCAAUGGCUCAAGCAUUAGGUUUACCUGUUAAUCUAAAGAUAGCCUCUGGCGCAAAUGCUGCUCGCGUUACUGGGUUAUCUGUCCAAAAGAUUGUAAAAGAGGCCACAACCACUGGAAGUGGGAGCGGCGUUGACAGAGUGAGCGGCAUUGGGUUUGGUGCCUACAAUGGUACAAAAGGCACAAUUGACUCUAUGCAAAAUGGAGACAGACUUGAAGCUAUCGGAAAUUUGGAUGAUAAAUGCAGAGAAACACACGACAACAUAAAGGACGAUACAGUGAUGCGCCAAGACAUAAUUGAUAGGAGACUAGAACGCCGCAGUGACCGCAGCCAGGAGAAGGAGCGCCAUCGGGAUCGAAGGAAUCGGUGUAGAAGGGGUGACUACGAUGUUAGUCGUCAUGAACGACGCAGACAUCGUUCGCGCUCCCCUGGCUGCGUCCGUGAAAAGCAGCGCUCUCGAUCACGAUCGCGAGACCGGCGACGCCGGGAAGAGCGUCGCCGUUUCUACCAAGAACGAUCCCCUACCAGGCAUAGAGACAAUCGCCACAGGCCAGAUGAAUACGAACAUAGGCGGCGUCGAUAA